AUGGCCAUAGUGCGGGUGGCCGAGGAUGUGGAGGCCGGGGUGGUCGGGGCCGGCGGCGGCGGCGCGGGCUGCAAGGUGACGGAGCCGCUCCUCCGGCGCUGCGGCAAGGAGGAGGAAGCGGAACCCAAUAUCCGGGACGAGGCGGAGGCGUCCGAGUGCGGGAGCCAGGGGCGGCUGCAGGCGGACGACGGAGGGUCCCUGCGGAUGGUCCUCGUCUCCACCGCCGUCGCCGUCUGCGGCUCCUUCGAGUUCGGCACCUGCGUCGGCUAUUCUGCGCCCACGCAGUCAGGAAUCAUACAUGAAGUCGGGCUAUCUAUCUCUGAGUUUGCAAUUUUUGGAUCUAUAUUGACAAUUGGAGCAAUGAUUGGUGCUGUUACUAGUGGGCGCCUAGCAGAUUUUCUUGGACGUAAAAUGACCAUGCGGAUAUCAGCCACUAUUUGUAUGUUUGGUUGGCUUUCUAUACAUUUGGCUAAGAGUGCUAUCAUGCUCUAUUUCGGCAGAAUCUUGUUGGGCUUUAGUACUGGAGUUCUUUCUUAUGUGGUGCCUGUGUUCAUAGCUGAAAUAGCACCAAAGAAUCUCCGAGGGGGGCUUGCAACUUCAAACCAGUUAUUGAUCUGUUGUGGAAGCUCAGCUACCUAUAUAAUUGGGGCCCUGGUUGCAUGGCGCAAUUUGGUACUAGUGGGUUUAGUGCCUUGUGUCCUCCUGCUAGGUGGGCUUUUCUUCAUUCCGGAGUCUCCAAGAUGGCUGGCUAAUGUCGGAAGGGAAAAAGAAUUUCAUGCCUCAUUGCAAAAGUUGCGAGGAGAGGAUACUGACAUAUCUGAAGAAGCAAUUGAAAUUAAAGAGUAUAUUGAGUCGCUCCGUAGCUUUCCAAAGGCCAGGCUUGAAGACUUGCUUCUCAGUAAAAAUAUAAUUGCUGUCAUUGUGGGUGUUGGCUUGAUGGUUUUUCAGCAACUUGGAGGGAUAAAUGGUGUCGGCUUCUAUGCAAGCUAUAUCUUCAGUUCUGCAGGAUUUUCUGGAAAACUUGGAACCAUCUUGAUUGGCAUAAUUCAGAUUCCAAUCACAUUGUUCGGGGCCAUUCUCAUGGAUAGGAGUGGGAGAAGGUUUCUUCUGAUGGUCUCCGCAUCUGGAACAUUUUUGGGCUGCUUCCUGACCGGGAUAUCCUUCUUCCUAAAGGCACAAGGACUUUUCCCAGAAUGGGUUCCCACAUUGGCUCUUUCCGGCAUACUGGUGUACAUAGGGGCAUACUCGAUUGGAAUGGGUCCUGUCCCUUGGGUAGUCAUGUCUGAGAUAUUCUCAAUCAACAUGAAAGCAAUUGGUGGAAGCUUGGUGACCCUUGUUAGCUGGUUAGGUUCCUUCGCGAUUUCUUACUCGUUUAGCUUCCUCAUGGACUGGAGCUCUGCAGGGACCUUCUUCAUGUUCUCUGCAGCCAGCUUGGUCACUAUACUCUUUGUGGCAAAGCUGGUCCCCGAGACCAAGGGAAGAACACUUGAGCAGAUUCAAGACUCUCUAAACUCCAGAAGAUAAUAAUGAAUUUACACCACACAACAGAAGAAUUCUAAGAUGAAAAAUGAUAUACACUUUUACCUUCCUGCCUACACGGCGGCCUUCACCAUCGGACUUCUGCCCAUUGCAGGAGCCAGGAGAUAGAAGAAGCAACUUUUCGCCUCCUCCCACUUCCCCUUCCCUUCUCCCCUGCCUGUCUCCCUGUAUCUGUAGUGUACCCUCUGUAGUUUAAGGACGACGCAGAUUGAGGUUAUGUAGUAUGUACCAUGUCCCUCCAGAUUAUUGAGCAGUAGCUGAAACGACAUUAUGUACCAUGUACCUCCGGAUUAAUGAGUGUCGAAGUGGAUUGCCCUUCUUCCCCUCUCAGAUUAACAGGGGCGGGCCCAGAAUUUAAAAGGUGGGUAUUCAAAAUU